GCAGCUUCGGCGUGUCCGGAGGUGAAAGGUGAGAGCGGCGGCGGCGGCCGCUGGGCUCCGGGAAGAUGGCAGAAAGCGAGCGACGGGCAGGCACCUCCGAGGAGGAGGCUCCUCCCCUCCAGCAGAGCUUCAUGAUCCCCAGGAAGGAGAUCAAUGUGGUGUCCGACAUGGCCAAGUGGAAGCGCUCUCAGGCGUACGCAGACUACAUGGGCUUCAUCCUCACGCUGAACGAGGGCGUCAGGGGCAAGAAGCUCACCUGCCAGUACAAAGUGUCCGAGGCCGUGGAGAAGCUGCUGGCAGUGCUGGACACCCUGGACAGGUGGAUCGAGGAGACCCCCCCCGUGGACCAGCCCUCGCGCUUCGGGAACAAGGCCUUCAGGACCUGGUAUGCCAGGCUGGACCAGGAAGCAGAGAAGCUGGUGGCUACAGUGCUCCCCAGGCAGCUGGCUGCAGCUGCCCCAGAGGUGGCUGUGUACCUGAAGGAGUCGGUGGGCAACUCGACCCGCAUCGACUAUGGCACAGGGCAUGAAGCUGCCUUCGCAGCCUUCCUGUGCUGCCUGUGCAAGCUGGGGGUGCUGCGUGUGGACGACCAACUGGGCAUCGUCUUCAGGGUCUUCAACAGGUACCUCGAAGUGAUGCGAAAGCUUCAGAAGACCUACAGGAUGGAGCCUGCUGGCAGCCAGGGUGUGUGGGGCCUGGAUGACUUCCAGUUCCUGCCUUUCAUCUGGGGCAGCUCCCAGCUGAUAGACCAUCCAAGCCUGGAGCCUCGGCACUUCGUUGACGAGAAGGUGGUGAAUGAAAACCACAAGGACUUCAUGUUCCUAGAGUGCAUCCUCUUCAUCACAGAGAUGAAGACAGGCCCCUUCGCCGAGCACUCCAACCAGCUCUGGAACAUCAGCGCCGUGCCCUCCUGGUCCAAGGUCAACCAGGGCCUCAUCCGCAUGUACAAGGCUGAGUGCCUGGAGAAGUUUCCUGUGAUCCAGCACUUCAAGUUUGGCAGCCUGCUCCCCAUCCAGCCCGGCAUGUCCUAGGGGGCCCGGCAGGAGCUCUGCCUCCUCCCUCCACCCAUCCUCAUCGCCGUGCCCGCGCCAGCCUGGUCCCUCCUCACGUCCUCGUCGGCAGUCACCGAUCCCCAGCGCUCGCCGGCCUGGCUCCUCCUGCAGGGCUCCAGCACGGGGACCCCUCCCCAGCAGCCCCCUGGGCUGCAUGGCUCUGGGCGUGGGGGGCUGCCUAGCAGCAGAGCCUCUCUGCUUGCACCUCUAGGGCAGGGGUGAGGAGGGGUCUGGGCAUGGGCCCUGGGGUGUCCCUCCUGAGUGUCGCUGCUUGGUCUGGGAAGCCACUGCUGGGACUGAGCUGGGAGCCUGCAGGUGCCCCUGGGCAGCUGCCUCUGCUGGCUCCGGGAGGCCCAGAGUGGCUGAGGGGGUGCAGGGCCUGGCUCUGGGUUGCUGGAAGCCCCUGGUGAUGUUUUCUGGGCGAGGGCAGGCCCCUCCCUCCAUCUCCCUGCCAGCUUCCCUGGGGUUCCUUUGCCACCUCUUCUCAGCAGUGAAGCUGGCAACCUGGGCUGUGAGGGUCUGAGCUGGCUCUGGAGAUGGGCACAAAGUCUCUGAGGGACCCAGCUCGGUGGGAUCAGCUAUGCAAAGACCCUGCUGGAAUGGUGCCUGCUCGGGCUCCCUCUGGGCACAAAACCUCCCAACACACUCCUGCCCCCUGCAUGCCCCUCUGCUCCUCCUGCUUUGCUGCCCGGGGCUGGGCUGGCCUGCAUGGCACCAGCUGACCACAGCUGCUGCUGGGUCAGAAAUUGUAGUGGCAGCCCCACAGCAAAGGGGUCCCAGGGCCCCAGCCUGCGGGCAGAGGCAGCCUGGGGGCAAGCAUGCAGCUUCCCCUGGCCCUGGAAAGCAGCAGUGUGAAGGGCCCAGGCCAGCAGCUCCUGCCCAAGCCCCUUCCUGCUGCUGCUGCUGUGCUGGCCCUCGGGCAGAGCCCCUUCAGCGCCCCCAGCAGCGGCAUUUCGGGUGGAGCUGUGGUGCCACAGCCUGCCCGUGAGAGGGCACGUUCCUUGUGGCCUCCCGGGCCAGGUCCACACCUGGGCAGGGCUCUGGGUGGGUGUUUGCUGCGGGUGGGGCAGGCAGCAGUGACCCUUUAUCUGGCACAGAGGUGGCGGGGGGGCGUGGGGGGGUAGGGCUGCCCCCAGCCUGGCUGCUUGGCUUGGGGGGAGGGAGGGGAACGCCCUGCUGAUGAAUUUGUGCUUUUCUUGGUGCCAGGCCUGCUCCCUCCUGGACAGGGGCCACAGGCACGCAGGGUGGGGACAGCAAAGGGGCGGUGAGGGGCAGCUGCCCACAGCGCUGCAGCAGAGCUUUGCUGCACUGCUGCUGGCCAGGCAGGGCUGAGGGGAGGGCCGGGAGGGGCCAUCUGCAUGCAGUGGCAGCGGCAGCCUGGGCUGCAGCUUUGGAUUGCUCCGAAGUGGGACCUGAUUUUUCUUGGCUUCCAGAGGGAUCCACUCGGAGUGGUGCUGGAGGCCUCUGUGCUUGCUGGGGCUUGAGCCACUCCCGUGCAGCAGUCAGCAGCCACUGCCUCGAGCAGAGAUGCCCUCAGCCUCUCCACCUCUGCCCCCUCCCGGUGCUGGUGGCCUUGGUGCUUUGAGGCUGCACUGCGUGUGGCCAGCAGCGGCUGAGCUAAAGCCCGAGGGCAGGAGCACAGCUCCUGGCACCCAAUGGAAAUGAGGCUUCUCUGGAGGGGGUGAGCGGCAGUGUUGGCAUCGGGAGGGCACCAGGGAUGUGAAGUGCAGCACCGCAGAAGGCUGAGGAGCUGCCUCCCGGGCAUGCAGGUGCCACUGCACCCUAAGGCUGGGGCUCAGGACCUGCUGAAGGAGGUGGCAGGAGGCUGCUGCAGGGCUCUCUGCUCCUUGCCCAGCCUGCACACCCCUGCCAGGGGCUUUUCGACUCUGCCUGCUGCUCGUUUGGGUCUCCUCAGCACGCCUGGGACCUGCCCCCCUUGUAUGGCAGCCGCUGGCUUCCCCUGCUCCUGCUGCCCUCCACCGCUGGUCCCUGAGGCUCUGCUCCCCUGCUGGCUCCGCGCAGCACUCGGGGCCCUCUCUGCCCGCAGCAGCUCCCCCACGCUCUGGUUUUAAUUAAAGUCUCUGUGUUUUGCA